AUAACAUUAUCUAACGAGUGCGAAUGAAGUGAAGUCAGGAGCACAAUAGAAUUCUAAAUAAUGUAAACAAAACUCUUCCAUUUUUGAAACAUAUUCUGCUGAAAAGAUGUUGCUGUUUUAGCUACAGAAGGUCUGCAUAGCUUAUUAGUUCCUUGAGAUGACACAGCAUGGAUCUGAAACCUACAUCAAAGCUCUUGGGUUGGAGUAAAAAGUACCUGACCAGCUGCCAAGGAAUUUUAAACAUUUGUGAAAUUGUACUCUGUUAUGCCAGCACCAGGCUCCUUCGAGACACCUGUAGGCCUGCCUAUUCCUCCUCUGUGGGUGGCUUCGUGGGCAGCGCUUCGGAGACAUAUUUUUACGUUUUCGGUUGGACUUCGUUGAUCCUCACCAGUGUCCUGCUCUUUUCAUUCACAAUCUCCCAUGGGUCGUACGUCCUCGCAGAAAGAACCGUGCUCUUGUUCAUGUUUUGGGCCACUGCCAGCAUUUCGUCCUGCGUCACCAGUCUGGUUUUGCUCGUUUUCACGUCUUCGCCAAACUCGGUGGAGGCCUUCGGCUAUUCUCACAAGCUGGCUGCUAUUAUUUUGGGAUUUAUCAGCUCACUGCUUUAUGGAAUAGGUGCAAUCAGAUCUUACAAGGCUUGCAAAAGUAGUUGGUCCUAUUAGUGUGCAAAAACUGUCAAGCACGUGCAAGAGCAUGCUUUUUAAAAGCACUUUUGUGUGAUUAUCAUUUAAAUAGUUUGUAUAUAAGAAAUAUUUUCAUUACAUGUGAUGUUUAUGUAUGAUUAAAAUAAACUAGUCUCUAUAUUUGU